AUGGUAGGCUCCUUUAAAAUUUUAAACUCAAGCGUUAGUUUGUAAAGUAAUAACUCAUACGAAGAUUUUUAGUCAUACGAUAAAAUAUCAAGUUAGAUUGGAAAUCUGCUUAAUAAUAUUAGUUUACCAAACUAAGGAUAAAUUAUUCUAAAUGGUGACUUAUCCUCUCUUUUGUCAGAUAAAAUAACAUAGAAAAAUCUAUUCAAAUAUGUUGUAAGUACUGUUGAUUAAAAUUCUGAAAAUUAAACAAGCAUAUUUAGUAUUUCAAGAAAUAAUUAUAAGUAAAGUAUUUAUGAAAAUACUUCAGAUUUUUAGGCAUACACAUAGCAAUUCAAAAAUAUAAGUUAAAACUUUACUUAUUCUAAAAAUGAAAUAAUUUCGCCAUAGAUUUAUAAUUCAUCUUCUUACACAAUCUUAAAUCAGUCUACUAUUAUUUACUAGUUUAAUAAUACAAAUUCUAGUAAGUUAUAUAAUAUGACAUGCCUUUAACAAAAUAAUCUUUAGUGGAGCAAAUAAAAUUGUGGUAUCAAUAAAAUUACUUAAAAUAUCUAUGUGUGCUACUGUGCCUCCUAAAAACCAACAACCAUCAUUGAAGAUAUUGAUGAUAUGCUCUUAAAAAAUAAAAAUUUGUAGACAGCAUUUGGAGAAUAAGGGCUAUUAAAUAUAGCAAGUUUUGAGAACUUUUAUAUAUUCUUAGACAAAUAAGCAGUAAAAAAAAGAUACUAAAAAGUUCAUAAUCAAGAAAUAAAUAAUAAUAGUAAAAUGAAUACUUAUAAGGGUUGA